CUUAUCAUCAGUUAGUUUGAGUUUGUUGCAAUUGCAAUAGCUCUUUUUUUAAUUUAAUUUAUUUUAUUUAUUUAAUUUAUAAACAAAAAAAAUGACAAGUCACUUUGGUGUGGCAAUUUUCUGCCUCCUGUCGGUAUCAGUUGUACUUGCUGAUAUUUUGGUCAACGUAAAUGUUAACAAACCUGUUCAUGAUGUUAGUGAACAAUUUGUUAGUUUCUCCAUUGCUCCUGAAUUGCUUUAUGGAACUCUCGAUGGAACAAAUAAAAAAACUCUAACAGACAUGGCAGCUUUAUUGGGACCAUCGUUUAUCAAAAUGACUGGUGAUUAUUUCUUCCCAACUGACAUUAAGAGCACUCUUAAAAAUCCAACUCAAACCAUUUGGAGUGGAUUCAAUAGAUGGACUCGGGCUAUGAACUGGACAAUGGUUGUCCCAGUACAGUACACUCCUCAAUCCUGGGAUCCAAUCGAUGCCUUGAGAGUAUUGAACAUAUCAAAUAUCAUUGGAAUUGAUAACUGCGUCUGGCAGUUGGGACUUGAUUUUGGAGCUUCUCGAGCCUCUGACUACGUUGCUGAUCUUCAAACUCUCGAUACAAUGGUUGACACAUUCCGUCCCUAUGUCAAGGAAUGGAAAGUAAUUGGUGCUGACAUUACAGCUGGAAGCAGUGCUGAGGAAACUAAGCGUUACAUCGAUAUGUCUAGCGAUGUUAAUUCAGCUUUUGGAUGGAAUCAACCAGCUGGAUAUCACGUUGAAGAGAACGUUAACGGUUAUAUCUAUGACAAAGAUCUCUCUCUAAAAGCAAUGAUGGAGAAAAAAGUUCCAGUUUGGCUAAGUCUGCCACCCAAAGGACUUAUCAAUCAUCAAACUACUAAUGGCUAUGCAGGAAUUGAAGUAUCCGAAGCAAUUCGUUGGGCUCAGACUCUGGGUGAUGCAGCAAGUUCUGGAUUUUCAGCAGUUUUUAAGCCUUUAACCGAAGAAGAUGUUAGUUCACCAACUUAUGGUUUCUUUGUAAGUGCUUUGUUCAAGAAGAUCAUGGGUAAUCGCGUAUUUGCCGCAAAGCCUGUUAAAAGAUACACCUACUCAUCAAAGAUCUACUCUCAUUGUGCUAAUGGUAUUUCUGGAGGUAUUGCCUUCAUGGGUGUCAAUACUGAAGAUUAUGCUGUCAAGAUUUCUGCCAAACCUUCAGCUAAAUUUACUGGCUCCGAAGUUUGGCAGUUCAUCUUAACCUCAAAGAAGGGAGUUAUGUAUUUGAAUAAUGACAUUUUGACACUUAAUUCUACCUUUGAUCCUUUGGUUAAGAUCAAGCAUCCCAACAAGCCUCUUGCUAUGAAUCUUCCACCUAUGUCUGUUGGCUUUUGGGUACUUCCUCUUGCCAAUCAUGAAGAUUGCCAAUUUACUGAGCUACUCACAAAUCAAGACACUCAAUGGGAGAAUCGACACAGGAGACAAACUUCUUCGGACCGACUUUUGAAGAAACUUAUUUUGGAGACUUCAUUCACUGAUCAAAUGAAAAAUCGUCGUCGUCGUGAUACUACCAAUGUCCUCAACAAAGAAUCAGCUGCUAGCAAUGGAAAUGUAGUCGCAAGACAGAGGAGAUUUAUCUUACAGGAGACUCCAGGGGCAAAUCCUGCACCACAAAAGGUCAGUCCACAGGUGGCAGCACAGGAAAGAAAUCUAAAGAAGAGGGAAAAUGUCCAUCAGUUGCUCAAGUCACUUGUUCUUAACCCUCUCCUGACUAACCCAUUGAUACCUUCUCCAUUACUUCCAAAAGUAGAUUGGACUGCUUCUAAACGUACCCGACGUGCAGCUGAUUUCUUGAGCACAAUGUUCCCUAAGAGUACUCUAAAGGCUUCCACACGUCGUCAACCAGCACCUAAAGUAGAAGUUCAAGAUGAGGCUAGUAUUUUCAAGACCACAGUUGCUCAAAUGGUUAUGCCUGAAGGUGAUGUACAUUUCGAUUAUAUUACUGAUUCAAAUGGUGAAGAAAUCAGCACCAAGGAAAGUCGGGAAGAAUUUGCAGAAGAAGAAAAAGUACCUAAGCUACCAAAUAGGGAACUUCCCUCUGAAUUCUAUGAAGCUAUUGAUCAUGGAAAGUACAUUCCAAGAGCUUUUCAAUACAAACCAAUUGUAAAACCAGAAGUUUCAGAUGUAUCAGAUAUUUCAGGCCAAACUAAAUACAUUACCAGAAAUCAGUUGGAAAAUCAAUCGCAAGAAGAACAGGUGAAAAAUGAGAAUACCAAGACCUAUAAAAAUGAUGCUGGUGAACAAUCAACCUUUUCGAAACUACCAUUUGCACCUGAAUUCCCAAUGACACCAUAUCCAAUAUUGCGAAGUGCUGAUAAUGCUAGAAAGUUUUUCUAUAAACCAAUUGAAAGUGAUGCUUUAAGAGAAUAUUUGAGUUCAGUUCAACCUGAAUGGGAAUUAACUCAAAGAACUAAAAGGUCAAUUGGUUCUGGUAAAUAUUCGUACAAAACAAUGAAGGAUAACUUAAUCAAUCAAAAUGAAUAUGUUGAACCUUUAACGUACAAUAAUCCACAAGUGAGUGAGACAAUUCUUGAAGAGUCUGUUUUGGGAGCAGAAGCACGUGCAGCUGGUGAAAACGUCAAGAGUAAGGUUUCUAAAAUUUUGGGUGUUGUGAAGACUCAUUUAAGUGAUUUCUUUAGUACAUUUUUAUAAACAAAGCGAAUAACAAUUGUACAUUAAGGUUGAUUUAAAAAUUAAAAA